AUGCUAACACUCCAGGACUUCAGGAGGUCAGUACGAUUUGGCACGUAUCCACAGUGCACCAUAGCUAUGGACUAUCAAAAUAGGGCAGGUUCCAAAAAAGGUUCUGGUGGUAUUGCAUCAGAAUCGCAGCAAAAUAUACACAGAAGAAAACAGGUUGAAGAGCUGCUACGAGAUGGUGAAGAAGUUCCUUAUACCUUUCAGGGUGAUGCAAUUGAAGUAACUGAGGAUGAACUUAAGCUGAAAAGGAACCCUUAUAUUUACAAGAAUCAUUCAGGCAAAUUGGUAUGCAAAUUGUGCAAUACAAUGCACAUGUCGUGGUCUAGUGUGGAAAGACAUCUUGCUGGUAAGAAGCAUGGGUUGAACUUAUUAAGGCGAGGAGGCUCUGCAUCAAGUGGAGGAGCUGGAAAUAUUUCCAAGCAAGAUAAGGAGUUCCGAAUGAAGGUAGAGGAAGCUAGACAAAGGAUUAAGCGGAAUGGGGUGAUUCCGAAAUGCCAGAUUGUAAAAGUUAGACAUCUGGAAACAAAUGAUAUAGGUAUGGCAAUUCGUGUCGAUUAUAGUGUGGAAGGAGUAAUCGUAACUGAUGAAGAUGAGUUGCCAUUCCUAAGGGUAAUAUCAGGUUUAGAACUACCUGGGACAGAUAAUGAUGAUAAAAAAUACCUUAUGGUUGCUUUUGAGCCUUUUGAGAAUAUAGCAAUUGAAAUGCCCAAUAAAGAGAUCAUCAUGAACAAUGCUACUGCUGGCCUGAAAAAAUCAGUUGACGAGUUAAAUACGAGAUGCGGCUUUUGGGAUAGGGAUGAUAGAGCUUUUUAUGCACAAAUAUUCUUCAAAACUUCAUGA